GCCACCCACAUCGCGUCACGUCGCGGCCGCGUCGCGCCGCGCAAUGCCUCCCGACGCCGCCGCCGGCGACGCCGACCUCGCGGCGGACGAGCUGCAGAGCCUCAGCUUCGCCUCCUCGGAGCGCUCCCGCUCCGGCUCCACCGUCUCCACCGCCACCACCGUCUCCUCCUCCGGCCCGCUGCCCCCUCCUCCCCCGCCCCGCGCGGCGCCCGCGCCCGCCCCCGCAGCCGCGCCGCCGCGCCUCGGUGCGGUCGCGCUCUCCGACGUGCGGUUCCUGCGGAGGCUCGGGUCCGGGGACAUCGGGAGCGUCUACCUGGCGGAGGUGAAGGGGAAGGGCGGCGGGGCGGCGACCGCGCUGGUGGCGGCCAAGGUGAUGGACAGGAAGGAGCUCGCGGGGAGGAACAAGGAGGGGCGCGCGCGCACGGAGAGGGAGAUCCUCGAGGCGGUCGACCACCCCUUCCUCCCGCGCCUCUACGGCGUCGCCGAGGGGGACCGCUGGUCAUGCCUCCUCACCGAGUUCUGCCCCGGCGGCGACCUCCACGUCCUCCGCCAGCGCCAGCCGCAUCGCCGCUUCUCCGAGUCCGCCGUCAGGUUCUACGCGGCGGAGGUGGUGGCGGCGCUGGAGUACGUCCACAUGGUGGACAUCGUGUACCGGGACCUCAAGCCGGAGAACGUGCUCGUCCGCGCCGACGGCCACAUCAUGCUCACCGACUUCGACCUCUCGCUCAAGUGCGACCCGACGGCGCCGACGCCGGCGCACGUCAUCUCGGACCCCAUCUCCCUCGCCGGCCACUCCUCCAAGUCCUCGUCCUGCGCCAUCCCGUCGUGCAUCGUCCCCGCCGUGUCGUGCUUCCAGCUCUUCCCUGGACGUGGCCGGCGCCGGCGCCGGCGCCGCAAGAAGCCAUCGAGCGGUGCCGGCAGCAGCUUCCCCGCCGGUGGGCUCGAGCUGGAGUUCGUGGCCGAGCCCGUGGAGCUCCGGUCGAUGUCGUUCGUUGGCACGCACGAGUACCUUGCCCCGGAGAUCGUGUCCGGCGAGGGGCACGGCAGCUCCGUGGACUGGUGGACGCUGGGCGUCUUCGUGUUCGAGCUCCUCUACGGCGUGACGCCGUUCAAGGGCUACGACAACGAGAUGACCCUGGCCAACAUCGUGGCGCGCGCCCUCGAGUUCCCCAAGGAGCCGUCCGUGUCGUCCGCCGCCAAGGACCUCGUCACGUCGCUCCUCGCCAAGGACCCGACCCGGCGGCUCGGCGCCACGGUGGGCGCGGCGGCUAUCAAGCGGCACCCGUUCUUCGGCGGCGUCAACUGGGCGCUGCUCCGGUGCGCCACGCCGCCGUACGUGCCCCCGCCGUUCAGCGUCGCGGCCGCCGGCGCCGGCAGCCGCGCCGCCAACGACGACAUGUCGGACGAGGACAGCAGCUGCCCCGGCACGCCCGUGGAGUACUACUAGAGAGAGAAGACAACGCCAUUACGCCAAGGGGAAGGAAGCAGCUGCUUGUCGCCAUGUCCGUGCAAAAGGAGACUGGCCAUUGCCUUGUCCGGCCGGCGCACGUGGUGGUGGGAUCCAUGGCGCACGGCGGAGCAGGAUGCAGGCGUCAAAUAGUUGCCGGAGGCGUGUCCCCGGAACGCGCCAUGGCAAGCGACAAAGUCAAGUUCCAUUCCAACUGCUGCUGCUGCUGCUGCUUCUGCUUCUCUCUAUGAAUUUUCUCCGGCAUGUUGGGUGCCCGUCUCACCAUAUAUAACAUCGACGCAGCGCAAUAUCAUACACUUAGCUAGACCCAUUUAGGACAAAGCAAUUUUUAGCCUAAUUCUCACCGUCGAACCAAACUGUUUCCUCUGACAUUCACGCAGAGUUUUCUUCGUUUUAAUUGAUCUCUGUCCUGUAGCGAGUGAGUUCAGCGUUGUAUU